AUGCACCAUUUGAAUUGCCACGUCGCACUUCUCCUUCGAUUCGGAUCUCCUGCGAUAUUCUCUUUGAUCAACGAUCUGUUCGUCUGCUUUCCGCAGAUACAUAUCCUCUGUAUUUUGUUUGAUUCUAAGGAAAGUUGUGAACUUUACGUUGACAAUGGCUGCGAAUCUGCAUCUCCAGAUGUGUGCUUGCUGCUCGAAGAGCCAGCUACUUUGAGUAUGUUAUGCAACAUUUUUUUGAGGUCCGUAAAUCUUUGGACGAGACAUAUUUGGAGGUACACUGACAAAAGACAUUUUAGCAAUAUAAGUGGAGGUUUUAAUGCCACUCGAAGCCUGAAUUAUUUGUGGGUUCGUAAGCGUGGACAUACGAGAAAGAUGAUGGUGGAUUCUAGUGCUUCUGCUGAAGGAUCUAUGUUUGAUAUUUUACCAGAGAAGUGUGAUGAUGGUGGCUAUGCUAGCGGAGGAUGGAAGAGUGAGGAUGGUAGGUUAAGUUGUGGAUAUUCCAGCUUCAGAGGAAAGAGGGUUAGCAUGGAAGACUUUUAUGACAUCAAGUCUUCCAAGGUUGAUGGCCAGUCGGUCUGUCUCUUCGGCAUAUUUGAUGGUCAUGGUGGUGCUCGUGCUGCGGAAUAUUUGAAGGAACAUCUCUUUGAGAAUCUCCUGAAACACCCAGAAUUUAUUGCAAAUACGAAAUUGGCCAUAAGUGAAACAUAUCAGCAAACGGAUAGGGACUUUUUGGAUUCUGAAAAGGAAACCUUUCGAGAUGAUGGCUCAACUGCUUCAGCAGCAGUUCUUGUUGGCAAUCACCUAUAUGUUGCUAAUGUUGGUGAUUCUCGAACUAUUAUAUCAAAGGCUGGGAAAGCAAUCCCACUAUCAGAAGAUCACAAACCAAAUAGAAGUGAUGAGAGAAAGAGAAUUGAAAGUGCUGGAGGUGUUGUCAUGUGGGCAGGUACUUGGAGGGUUGGGGGUGUCUUGGCCAUGUCUCGUGCUUUCGGCAAUCGCAUGCUUAAACAGUUUGUUGUGGCUGAACCCGAGAUUCAGGACCGGGAGGUUGACCAAAACCUUGACUUGCUUGUGCUUGCCAGUGAUGGACUUUGGGAUGUUGUACCUAAUGAGGAUGCUGUCUCGAUAGCACAAAGAGAAGACGACCCUGAAAAUGCUGCUAGGAAACUGACCGAGACUGCUUUCAUUCGUGGCAGUGCAGACAAUAUCACGUGCAUUGUUGUCAAGUUCCACCAUGCCAAAGCGGCUUGUUUUGUGGAAGCCCAACAACAAAUUCUGGAGUCCAAUUCUCAACCAGAGGAAUCCCAUGAAGACAUCAAACUAAAGCCCAACAAGCCUGAGGAAGCCCAUCAGACUUCCAAAGUAGAUCCUGGAGAAACUGGUUAGGGUUGAAGGAAAAUCUUGGAUGUGGAAUUUUGCAUUUUGUUGAUUGGGUGAUUUGUAAUUGAUUAUUAGUUUGUUUCCUCUAUUUUGUUUUUUGUAAUUUUAUGUCUACGUUUAUGUGUGAGUUGACGUUCAUAAAGGUGUUACCUUUCCUUUUUUUUUUUGUUUUUUUAAAUUUUUUCNUUCCACCUUCAAUUUCAGUGGGUGGUAUAAUUUUAUUUAAAUAAAGGCUGGAUUAAGAGUUGAAUUUUUUUGGUCCCCCUUUUGUGUACGUCCCGUUGAUUCGGCCGAGCAGGUUGAUGCCUGCCCCUAAUCAAACUUGUAAUUUGUCAAUUUUCAUUUCGUUUGUUUUAUGAUUUGGGUUUCUUGAAGCGUGCCUUGAUCAAUUCUUAAGUUAUUAUCAUUUUUGCCUUUUCGUUUAUGUUAUGUACUGAGAAAACCUUGU